GAUCACAAAUCUGUUACAAGCUCUUCGUGUGCAAACAACAUCACCGUGCUUCAAACAUCACCAGCCAAUGAAUACUUCAGGUCGAGAAGGCGAAAUAGUUUGGGGGAUUUCAACUCGGUUUCAUCAUGUAAUCGAUGCAAGCCUGCGACCAUAACAAGCGAUUCGGAGACUGGGAUGAGGAACUGCAGGAAUUCUAACAUCGUUGUGCCGUUGACAGAUUCACAUUCGUCUGUUCAAUCGCAGCCAAAAAGCCGGGGAGUGAUUUCGUGGUUGUUUCCGAAGUUAAGGAAGAAGCACAAGAACGAAAGCUCUCCAAACCGAACAGAAUCGGAGGAAGUUUCUCAGGUUUAUAGGGAAUUGGGGAUAAUGUCGAUUGAGACGUUGAGGAAACAGCUCAUAGAAGCGAAUGAGCAUAGAGACGCCGCGUUAAUGGAGGUUUCGGGGAUGAGAUCUUCGCUCGGGGAGCUGAAACAGAAGAUGGACUACUUGGAAACUUACUGUGAAGAGCUGAAGAGAGCUUUGAGACAAGCAACACAUACCAAGAUCCAAAUCCCUGAAAAGCUUGGGAACUUUCCGAAGAGUGGCAAAUCCAACGAUGGGAACGCAGAAAACCUAAUGCCGGUCAGCGAGGAAGUAAUGGUGGAAGGUUUCUUACAGAUAGUAUCGGAAUCUAGACUGUCUGUAAGACAGUUCUGCAAGAUCCUUGUAGCGCAGAUCGAAGUAAUGGAUAACACCCUGGUGGAUAAUUUGAACAUGCUUCUCGAGCCGUUCAAAUUGUCAUUGAGUUCCAAGUACUCCAAGGCAGUGUUGUACCAUUUGGAAGCCAUGAUCAACCAGUCACUCUACCAAGACUUCGAGAACUGUAUGUUUCAGAAAAAUGGCUCGCCGAAGAUUUUAGACCCUCACCAAGCACGCCAAGCGCAGUUUUCUUCCUUCGUUGCCCUCAGAAACUUGAGCUGGAAUGAAGUAUUAAGAAAGGGAACGAAGUAUUACUGCGAAGAAUUCAGCAAGUUUUGUGAUCAGAAGAUGAGUUGCAUCAUUACAACACUAAAUUGGACAAGGCCGUGGCCGGAGCAGGUUCUUCAAGCAUUCUUUGUUGCUACCAAGUGCAUUUGGCUGCUUCAUUUGCUUGCAUUUUCGUUCAAUCCGCCUCUCGGAAUUCUGAGGGUGGAGGAGAAUAGGAGCUUUGAUCCACACUACAUGGAAGACAUGUUCAUGGACAGGCAGAGAUCGCAUGGUCCGAGCCGGGUUAAGAUUAUGGUGAUGCCGGGGUUUUAUGUUCAGGAUAGGGUUUUAAGGUGUAAGGUUCUUUGCAGAUACAAGUCUGCAGGUUCAGUAAAUUGAUCCUUUCUCUUUAAAUUUUUUUCUUAGUUUUUUAUCAAUCAAUUACUGCCUUCUUUUAGGUUUUUUAAUUUAUUUUUUAUGGGCUAAUUGUUCAACAUGAGGAAGUAUGUACCUUUGAUGUUUAAAGUAGAGGCUGACAUAAAGAUUGGUUUGUUAUUUUGUUUUUCA